AAGCUGUAAGUACCCAUAAGAUUUAAUCUCCACCAUAGAUAAAAUGAAUCAUGGGUCACAUGGCUGAAUGAUUGAAUUUUCCUGUUUGGGUUCAUGAUUUAGUAAUUGGAUUUGAUGCUUUAUAGCAGCUUUAGAGGGUAAAAAAGUGAAGAGCAAGGACAAGUUUGAGCUAUGUUUGGAUUGUUUUUAAGGAAACUUUUCAAUCAUACCAACCCUUAUAGAGUUUCCAAUCCCCAGUCCAUUUCACCCUUGUAAUGGUAGUUGGGUUCUCCAAGAAUGGUAGAUGGAUAGCUGGAAGGACACCAUCCAUGGUGCCACCUUCCUAAACAACAAAGGGAAUCUCAAGUUUAAAACACACACUCCUCCAUCAAGCAUAGCAGCUCACCUCUCUCUCUCUCUUUCUUCCUCAAUCUCCUCCUCUGAACUCUCAUGGCUACAAAGAAGGAUCAAUCCAACAGAAGGAUUGUGAACAGAGGAUCAUGGACAGCUGAAGAAGAUCAAAAGUUGGCUCAAUAUAUUGAAGUCCAUGGAGCAAAGAAGUGGAAACUAGUCGCAAUUAAAGCAGGCUUGGAUCGAUGUGGGAAGAGUUGCAGGUUGAGAUGGUUGAAUUAUCUAAGACCCAACAUCAAAAGAGGUAACAUCUCGGACCAAGAAGAGGACUUGAUACUAAGGCUCCAUAAGCUUCUGGGUAACAGGUGGUCUUUGAUUGCUGGAAGGCUACCAGGACGAACUGAUAAUGAAAUUAAGAACUAUUGGAAUUCUCAUUUGAGCAAGAAAUCAAACCAGAAGCAGAAACAAACAGAGCAUUCAAUAGCACAGAACUCCCAACCUGAAAGUUGGAACAGUGUAAAGGUGAAUGAAGAAAGUGGAGACUCAAAGUUAGAUGGGCCUUCCAAUUUGGAACUGAUGAGUGAUUUCCAGAGGAACCCAGAAACUGGUUUCAACUUGGAAGAGUUGUUUGAUUUCUCAAACGAAGAUUCUUCCAGUUUAGAGUGGGUGAGGAAAUUUCUUCAACCUGACCACAGCUUCUAUGGAUUUUCUUGAUCUCUCUUAUGGAAAAUCUUGAAAGCCGAUCAAACCCAGAUGGGAUAGGAGUUGUGUUAAAGUAAUUGUGAGCAAGAUUGAGCCUUUGAAGAUGAUGGAGACCAAAGAGGCUGCUGUUGGAAUAGAUAGGUCCCCAAUUAAAGAUGUCUGAAGUGGGCUCUUGCCGCAAUUGUAAGAGAGCAGAUUUCUGGUCAUCUAGGCAAAUAUGGCUCUCCAGGUUUGGUCGGGUCUGAGGCAAAAGCAAUAGGAGGAAGAAGAAGCUGAAGAGAAGAAGACGAGCAAACAGGAGAUUUUCCAUUCUUAGGAUUACUGAAAAAGAAAAUAUUGAGGAAGAAGACACAACAGGUUUGGAAUGGAUGAAGAAAAGUGGAGGUUCUCUGUUUAUCUACAAAGAUUAGUUACAAACUUGGUUCAAAUUCAAUGAAAUGUCUCCAUUCAUUGAAAUUUUUGAUAUCGAAGAUUGGGCAUCGCCAUGGACGCAGUGAGUUUGAGGUUGGAUAGCUUUGAAGAAAUGUUGAAGCUCUUGGUCUUAAAUGGAGAGCCUCAACUCAACUCAGGCUCAUAAUUCUUAAAGGCCAUGUUUGUAUGAAAAAGAAUUUUGAAGGGAAGUGAAGUGAAAUUUUCUUUUGAGCCAUACAAUAGUUAAGUUGUACUGUUGCAAAAUGUUGUUCAUAGGUUCAAAACUUAAAAAUAGCCGCGACUGCGUUUGUCCCUCCCAAGAUCUUGCUUGAGUAGGAGUCUCGUGCAUUGGGUUGCUCUUUCACCCCAUGUAAUUGUAUAGAUACUGAAAUUUCUUACCAUAUUUAGUAAUGAUACAUUGUAUAUGUAAUUUUUAUUUCA